GAAGAUACCAAUAUGGUGGUGGUUCAAUCCCCUUUUUGAUUUGUUGUUGAAUCCCUUUGUCUCUUGAGAUUUCCUUACCUUCAUUCAUACUACUCUCCUUGACUUUCUUAACAUUGAUACUCGUGUACCUUCUACUUGCUUUGUCUUUUCUUCUUUUCACUGUUCUCUUUGUCGUGAAUCUCAAGCUCUAUUCGUCUUCUUGGUGGCAUGAUGUUUUGGAAGACUUUAUCUUGAAGUCUUUUGGAGGAUUUAAAAGAAAAAAGUUAUGGGGAGUUUUUGCUCCAAGAGCCUAGGAAUCAAUAUUGGCAGUGAGUAUUCAGGUUCAAGUGUAGCUGAUGAUGGUUCACCUAGUCAAGUCAGUUUGUUUGUUCCUCCUGGUAUGAGGCAGUGUAUGGUUAAAGACGCUAAUGAACAAAUCCAGUUGAAAGAUGUAUUCUCUUUCCGCGGAAAAGAAGUAGUAGAAGAUCAUUUAUAUGAUGGGAUUCCGAGGUUACCUCCACCACAGAAACCUCGGUCUACAAGAUCAUCUACUCAACACGCAGUUUCAAAGGUUACAGAGGCAAGUGUGCUUCUAGGCAAAGCGGGUUUAGGUAAAGCCAAAGAUGUUUUGGAUACUCUUGGGAGUAGCAUGACGGAUCUUAGCAGCGGUGGAUUUACUUCUGGAGUUGCAAUCAAGGGGGAAGAACUUGGGAUCUUAGCCUUUGAAGUAGCAAACACAAUUGUCAAGAGCUCAAAUCUCAUUGAAUCCAUUUCUGAGACGAACAUCAUGCAUUUGAAAAAAACUGUCCUAUAUUCCCAGGGUGUUCAAAAUCUUGUCUCAGAUGAUUUUGAUGAACUCCUGAGUCUUGUUGCUGCUGAUAAGAGGCAGGAGCUGCAAGUUUUCUUGGGAGAAGUGGUUCGGUUUGGAAACCGAUCUAAAGACUUUCAGUGGCAUAAUUUACAGCGCUACUUCGACAGGAUCAGCAAAGAACAAACCCCUCAAAGACAGUUGAAUGAAGACGUUGUAUUAGUUGUUGAACAACUAAUGGCUCUAGUGCAGUAUACAGCUGAACUAUACCAAGAACUCCAAGUAUUGGAUCGAUUGGAGAAAGACUAUGAGCAAAAGCGCCGAGAAGAAGAGAACUCAGCUAGUAGCAGUAAGGGCGACGGUCUUGCAAUUUUAAAAACGGAGCUUAAAUCCCAGAGAAAGAUCGUGAAAAGCUUAAAGAAAAAGUCGUUGUGGUCCAGAGGUUUUGAAGAGAUGAUGGAGAAACUGGUAGACAUUGUACAUUUCUUGUUGCUAGAGAUCCAUAAUAUCUUCGGUGGUGCCGAUGAUCAACCAUUGAAAAAAGGAGCUGCAGAUUCUGAUAAAAGAUUGGGACCUGCUGGUCUUGCUUUACAUUAUGCAAAUUUGAUUGUGCAGAUUGAUACACUUGUCGCUCGUUCAAGCUCUAUAACUUCACAUGCAAGGGAUUCUCUAUACCAAAGCUUGCCACCUGGUAUAAAGUUGGCUCUUCGUUCCAGGAUUAGAUCCUUCAAAGUCGAUAAGGAGCUUUCGGUUACACAAAUUAAGGACGAGAUGGAGAGGACACUGCAUUGGCUUGUCCCUAUUGCAGCCAACACAACCAAAGCUCAUCACGGUUUCGGUUGGGUUGGAGAAUGGGCAAAUACAGGGAGUGAUUUCACAAGUAAGCCUAGUGGUGGAGAUGUACUAAGGAUCGAGACACUCUAUCACGCUAACAAAGAAAAGACAGAGAACUACAUUCUUGGACAGAUAAUUUGGUUACAACAUUUGGUUACAAAAGCAAAGAGCGACGCUGCUCGAGGAGGUCAUAGACUUUCUUCUAUCAAGUCUACGAACCAACAACUGAUAUCUGAACAACUGAGUGUCCCAUUAGUAACAGUUGAGGAGCAAAAGAUGUUACAAGAAGUUGUUAAAAGAAAGAGGACUCCAUGUGUUAGCAAGAGUCAGGAUUUUGAUUGUGAGUAUUCACGGGUGAGAAAGUGUGAUCCUUUGAGCAAAAGCAGUGACUAUCUUUGUGGAGUGAGAAGAAGCAAAUCAGCUGCUGCUGUGAAGAGAUUUUCUUCUGGUUUUUCACUUGUUGAUUUUGUUAUCGACAAGGAAAAAGCGUUGGAUGUGAUUGAUCGGGUUGAUAUGCCAAGAGAUUAUAAAACAUUGUUAAAAGGAAGUAGCUUAAGCUUCUAGAAGGAGAGUGAUGUUUUGUGGUGAAGUGAUGUCAGUACCAUAAACGGCUUAUUAUUCAUAUAUGUUUAGUUGUAUAUAAAGAGCAUAUAAAGAGACUACAGAAGAAGCUGUUAUGUGACUACAUGUUUACAAC